AAAAAUUUAGAACCUAUCAGUCCCAGUCUCCACCCCCAAUCAACCUAUCCAUCCUCUCUACUUAAACCCUCCUCGCCUCCAUCUCUAUCGUUGUCACGGUCGCUCGAAGCACUUAUUUCUCUCAAACACGAAAUACGCUCGCAUUCACGAUGUCUGUCAUUAAAGAAGAACCAGAAACCGCUCAAUUCAAACCAACUCGCCGCUUUGAUUCCGAUUCCUCCUCCCCACCGCGUGGCUUCAACAACAAGAAGCGAACUCGACAACGACAAGCUGAGUCCCCAUUUCGUGGAGUCCGUAAAAGGAGCUGGGGUCGCUAUGUCUCGGAGAUACGGUUACCCGGCCAGAAGACCCGUAUCUGGUUAGGAUCAUUUGGGUCACCGGAGAUGGCAGCUCGGGCUCACGACUCGGCCGCCUUCUUCUUGAAAGGCAACUCGGCGUGUCUCAACUUCCCGGAGUUGGCGGAGUUUUUGCCUAAGCCCGAUUCUUGUUCGAGAAGAGAUAUACAAUCGGCGGCUGCUAAAGCGGCUCUUUUUGAGGUUACCGACGAUCGGACGUCCGUAUUAGACACAACGGAACGAGAGACCACCUCGGGUUCAGAAGACUUUUGGUGCGAGUUUGACGUUGAUUUCGACUUGGGAACGUCGACAACGUCGUUUGAAGCAGUGAAAGAAGCUCCUGAUCUACCAUUUGAGUUUGAGGACUCAAUCGGUGAGGAGUUUGGUCAGAUGGUCGUGGAUGAUGAGUUUUUGUUGGCGUCCUGCAGUUUCCAAAUGUAAAUCAUUGCAACUAUUUUCCCUCGAACCCAAAAAAAAAAAAAAUGUAUUAUAAAUAUAGAAUGGACAGGACAGUCUCCCUAGAAUGCUCCCGGCCUUCUCUAAAUUUUCGUUGGAAUUUCUUUAAUUUUUUUUUUUGGAGAAAAAAAAUAUAUAUAUAUAUAUAUAUAUAUUUGUUUAUGACUUGUAAUUAAGAUCAUGUGAAUUAUACUGCUUUGAAAUAUUGCGCUGAAAA